UCACAGGAAGACUUUCCUUUGUCUCUCCCGAGAUCAUUCUGCUGUGGGUCAUAUUUGCCAUUGACCUUACAGCCUCUUUGAAAGGGAUUAGGUGAUAACGGGGAGAUGAGGGGCCACUCUGGUCAGAGGACUUCUGAAAACCACCCAUCCUCACCCCACCCCGACACUCCUCUGCCUCUACCAUGGCCUUCUGGGGUCUCAGGUGAUCAAUAUAAAGAUACCCUGACACGAGCAGGAGACACAGUCAGAGACUCUCAGUGAAGGAUCACACUGACCUCUGUCACAUCAGAAAUCCAUUAGAAAUCCAUCUGUUUCCAGAGCUUCAUUCACUUAACCGCCUCUAUGUGGAAGGACUCCAGUAACGAUGAUGCCAGACCUGCAGCCUCCAGCGGCAGCUCCUCUCGCAGCGCCAGUCGCAGGAAGAGAACCAGCUUCUCCAAAGAGCACGUGGAGCUCCUGCGUGCCACCUUCGAGACCGACCCUUACCCUGGUAUCAGCCUCAGAGAGAACCUGUCCCAGACCACAGGCCUGCCAGAGUCACGCAUCCAGGUGUGGUUUCAGAACAGAAGAGCUCGCACCCUGAAGUGCAAAGGAGCCAAGAAAGCGCUUUGGCAGUCUGAUAGCCCCAUCCACGAUGCUCUAUCACCUCACACUGUAGCCAGCAGGGGCCUGCAGGUUGGCUCUGUCCAUCUGCCGUCUCAGGGCCCUCCACCAGCCUACCCCACCCAGGUGAAGGAGGAGAUGGAGGAAGCAUGCUACUAUGGACAGCACCCUCCAGCCUACUCCACCAUUGAUGAGCAUGGACACUAUGGUUCUGUGUACGGGCUCCAGCAGGGCCGAUCCCUGGGAGGCGGCUCCAGCCCAUCACUGAGGGGCUUCUGGUCCCAGCCAAGUACCCAAUCCUCCCCUGUCAUGCCACAGUGGUGCCAUUCUCCCUAG